AUGGCUAGCUCUAAGACGUUCAAUGUUGGAGUGGUGGGCUAUGGCAUGUCAGCCAAGGUCUUUCAUAUUCCCUUCAUCAAGGCGACCCCAUCUUUCCGGCUGCACUCAAUCCUGCAGCGCUCGCCGAAGCCGUCCGACUCGGCGCCGGCGGACUACCCGGACCUCCAGCACUUCACUACCUACGACUCCUUCCUCGCCGACUCCGCAUUGGAUCUUGUGGUGUUGACGACAACCCCGCCAACACACUUUGACCUGGCUAGCCAGGCUCUCAAGGCCGGCAAGCACGUCCUCGUCGAGAAGCCCUUCGUGCCCACAGCCGCCGAGGCUGACCAACUCGUGGCCCUCGCAAGGGAACAUGGCCGUCUCCUCUGUGUGUACCAGAACCGCCGCUGGGAUGCCGACUACGUCACCGCCAGCAAGCUGAUCAAGGAGGGUACACUGGGGCGUAUCGUCGAGUUCGAGACUCACUUUGACCGUUAUAAGGCCGAGAAGCCCACCAACUGGAAGGGGACGGUCUCCACGAACGAUGGAAACGGGGCCAUCUACGAUUUGGGCACGCAUCUGAUCGACCAGGUAUAUGCUCUCUUUGGCAAGCCGCGCAGUGUGUUCGCCAAGUUUGCGAGCCAACGCGAUGGGAAGCUCCCAGGAUGUAGGGUCAAGGUUCAUGAGGAUGAGACGGACAGCGUGACGGCACAGCUGUUCUACGAUGACGGUCUUGUGGCACUCGUGCGCAUUGGAGUCUUGAGCGUUGAGCAGGAGCAGCCGCGCUUCUGGAUCAGGGGCAGCAAGGGAAGUUACCGCAAGAACAAUCUCGACCCGCAGGAAGACCAACUGAAGGCCUUCAAUGAGGGCAAGAAGGGCGGCCUCAAGCCUGACGAUGAGGCAUUCGGUGUGGAACCCGCCAGUUGGGUAGGGAAGCUGAACACUCUCGGUCCUGAUGGCAAGACAGGCCAAGAGCAAAAUUACCCAACGGUCAAGCCCCCUACGUAUAGGGAGUUUUACGGACGCCUCGCGGCGGCUCUGGCUAGCGGUAAGGAGGAGGACGUUCCCGUACCAGCGGCGCAGGCGAGUCAAGUCCUGAAGAUCAUCGAGGCCGUGAGGGAAAGCAAUAGAGACGGAAGGGAAGUUUACCUGGAUUGA